AAACGAAACGCCUCUUUUCUACAAUAUGUGUAUAAAAAUUUGACUCAAAUUAUUUGAGUGUUCACUGUACAUGCAUUUGUGUUAUCACCUUAAUUACCAUUUGUUAAUAGUAAAUUAGUUUAAUUAAAUAGUUUAAGGUUAGAUAUUGUUUACCUUAAAGAACAAAUUAAUGUCUUGGAAUGUUUGCCAAUCAUCUAAGCUUUCAUUUACAAUUGGAUCAGUCCUCUAAACUAAGGUUUCAAUAUUUAUCUGGUAUUACUUCUCUAAAGCGUUACUGGUAUUAUUGUGUGUUGUCCUGACUUUCCUCGUCCCAGCUCUUUUUCUUCGUAUCUUCUUAUUUUCAAUAUUGUUGAUUGUGAUAAUCCUGUAUUUGAUUAGAGAAUUUUUGCUGAUCAUUCUUUUUCGAAAGCUAAAACUGCCACCUAAGAUAUCCAAGAUAAAAUAUCAUUCAAUUGUCUAACUGGUAAUCAUGACAUCGUUGAUACAAAGUGUUGUUAGAUUGGCUCAACAAACAUUUUCCAAGCAAGUUAAUGAAGAAUCUUUGGGUCGACUGCGUAGCUUAUUUUUUAACCUUACGGCUCGUGAUGUUGACUUUAAAGGUGACCUAUUAGAGGAUAAAAAAUGUGGAUUAAAAGGUCCAACUAUACAUGUGCACAUUUAUGAAGAUGACCACCAAUCAAUUUCUAUAUUUGGAAUUCGUGAAGGUAAAAAAAUACCGUUGCAUGAUCACCCUGAUAUGUAUGGAAUUAUUAAAGUUAUUCGAGGAGCGAUAAAAAUUAAGUCAUUUACCAAGCUUUCAGUGAAAGAAGUUUCAGCUGCCCCAAAAGAAAUUUUGUCGAAAGUUUCUUGGAGACAAAAACAUCUCUUAUUACCUACUGUGAUGACAGGAGAGAAAAUAGUCACUACGGAAAACGAGCCAUGCAUCUUAUAUCCCACCGACAACAAUAUUCAUGAGGUGACCUCGAUAGAAGGCUUGUCUGCAUUUGUUGACUUACUUUCUCCACCUUAUCAAGAAGGAGAACGGGAUUGCCAUUUCUACUCUGUUCUUGGUUCCGCAUUCGAUCCUAAGCUCAAUCUAACUGUUACCUGGCUCUUAGAAGUAGAUUCUCCAGCUUCUUAUUGGUGUGAUAAUAUUCCUUACACAGGCCCACCAGUUUGACCGUGGAUUUUCGUUAAUGCUUUCUAUCUGUAUCAUGGUAAUUUUCCCGAUACAUGUACAUGACAUUUAAAAUUUACUACAUCUAUUGAAAUUUCAGUGAGAAAAUAGAAGUGUCAAGCCUUAUUUGAAUUAAUCAGUUUAAUAUUAAUAAUCAAGUUUUUAUUUUUACUGCUACAA